AUGGACAGAGAUGGUCCGUCAUUGUUGGGCCGAAACUGGUUCGAGCCCUUGGGAAUUAAAGUGGGGCUGCCAAAGCUCAGCGGAGGGAAAUUAGAAGAGAAAAUAAAUGUGCAGCAAGAAUUACCUUCAGUGUACAAAAUGAUUUCAGUGCCACCUGAAUUUCAGGACUUGAGAGAAGUUUUUGAGCCAGCUUUAGGCAAGUUUAAGGGUGGUAAAAUUUCCAUUCCCUUGAAGCCAGGAGCAAAACCGGUGCAGCUGCCUGCUAGGCAAGUGCCAUUUGGACUUUUGGAGAAAGCGGAUAAAGUUCUUGAAGAGUUGGAAAAGAAGAAAGUAAUUGAGAAAGUGCUUUUUAGUGAGUGGGCCACCCCUGUGGUUUACGUAGAGAAAGGAAAUGGAGUUAGAUUGUGUGCAGACUAUAGUGCGACUGUGAAUCCGGCGUGCGCGUCGGCUGAGUUUCCCGUGCCUUCGAUUGAAAAGCUCCUGAGCUCUGUGAAGAAGGGCUGUUUCUUUACAAAGAUCGACCUGGCUGAUGCCUACCUUCAGUUUGAAGUGGACGAGGAGUCUUCAAUGCUACUUGUGAUUACGACACAUCGGGGUAGGUUUCGUUUCCUUCGGCUGCCUCCCGGCCUUUCAAUUUGCCCGCCAGUUUUUCAAGAGAAGGUUUAUAAAGUGCUGGUGGGGCUAAAGGGCGUGUUCAUUUAUUAUGACGACUUGUUAUUGUUUGCUGAAACGAAGAAAGAAUUGACACUGCUUUCUCGAGCAGUACUCCAACGACUUCUGGAAAAUGGGCUGAGAGUGAAAAUCUCAAAGUGUGAAUUCCUUGUUCCAGAGUUGACCUACUUGGGUUACAAAUUCACCCAGGAUGGGGUGCUGCCAACUGACGAGAAGUUGAAGGCCCUGGCUGAGAUGCCCUCCCCUAAGAAUGUGGAAGAGCUGCGAGCUUGGCUGGGGUACUAUAACUAUUACGAGAGAUUUGUUCCUGGAAAGGCUUCAAUUUUGGCUCCUGUUUACAGCCUUUUGAAGAAAGGCGUGGCUUACGAGUGGACUCAAGAGUGCGAGAAAGCUGUACGAGAGGUCAACAAGAGUCUGCAAGAGACUGUGGCCUUGUCAUACUACGACGCCAAAAAGCCAAUUCGUCUUGCCUGUGAUGCCAGUCGUCGAGGUUUGGGAGCCGUUUUGAGCCAUCUGGACGACAAGGGAAACGAGAUUGAACUGGAAGCUUUGGCCAUCGUCUGGGGCGUCAAGAAAUUCAAGCAAUUCCUGUGGGGGCGUCCAUUUGAAUUAUUGACUGAUCAUAAACCCCUGCUGGGUGUGUUUGGAAAGGGAAAACCGAUGGCUGAAGCACUGCCUUCGAAAUUAAAAAGGUAUUGUCUAGUUUUGCGAGACUAUGACUUUGAAUUGAAACAUUGCCCUGGAAAACUAAACGCAAAUGCUGAUUGUUUGUCCAGACUACCACUGCCUGCCUUGGCUGCGGAGGAGGAAGAAGAGGAAGAGACAAAGAUUGCUUUCCUUCAAGUCUUGGAAAGUGGUUCAACUGAGCAGCUGCCAACUCUGCAAGAGCUGCAAGCUGCUUCCCAACAAGAUGAAUCACUUCAAACAGUCAUCAGGAAAUUGCGCCAAGGUCGGGCAGUGGUACCUCCGAAUUUGAGGACCAGAAUUCUGAACUUGCUGCACCUAAACCAUUUUGGAAUUGUCCGAAUGAAGACUUUGGCUCGCUCUUAUUUCUGGUGGCCACACAUCGAUGAAGAAAUUGAGCGGCUCUGCAAAUCUUGCUUGCCCUGCUCUCUGGUCAACCCUGCUAGCAGCAAAGCGCCAGUAAUCCCUUGGAGUCUGCCUCACCGACCUUGGGGCAGAGUUCAUUUUGAUUUCCUCGAGGUGAGACGAGGCCAGGCUUUCAUCGUGGCUGCGGAUGCCUUGUCCAAUUGGAUCGAUGCGGAGCGAGUCAACAACAUGGAUGCAGCCACCGUAAUUAAAUUUGUCAGAAAAUUUUUCAGAAUACAAGGAGUUUGUGAUGUGGCAGUCUGCGACAAUGGCCCAGGAUUCAGAGCAGAGGAGUUCAAAAGGUUUUGCGAGGACAAUGGUGUGGAGCUGAUUUAUUCUCCACCUUACAGCCCACAGACCAAUGGCCAGGCUGAGAAAGCUGUUCAAACAGUCAAGAGAUUUUUAAAAAAAAGUUCCUGAGAAGG